AUGACAAAACCCGUCGUUAAGUCAUCUGUGCCCACGCACGACCAGAUCCUCGUCCCUGAGACCUUGUUGAAGAAGAGAAAGAGCCAGGAGAAGGCCAGAGCCGAGCGAAAUGCCACCAUCGAAAAGAGAAAGAAGUCCAACAAGGAGAAGCGUGGUGUCAUCUUCAAGCGCGCCGAGACCUAUGUCAAGGAGUACCGUGAUGCUGAGCGGGAGAAGAUCCGACUUGCCCGUGUGAGCAAGCAGCAAGGCAGCUUCUUCGUUGAUGAGCAACCCAAGCUUGUUUUCGUCAUCAGAAUCAAGGGUAUCAACAAGAUUGCUCCCAAGCCUCGCAAGAUCCUCCAACUCCUCCGUCUCCUCCAAAUCAACAAUGGUGUCUUCAUCAAGUUGACCAAGGCCACCCAAGAGAUGCUGACCAUUGUCAACCCAUACAUCGCCUAUGGCUACCCCAACCUGAAGUCUGUCCGUGAGCUCAUCUACAAACGUGGAUAUGGCAAGAUCGACAAACAACGCAUCCCUCUGACCGACAACCAACUGAUCGAAGACUCUCUCGGCAAGUACGGCCUUGUCUGCGUGGAGGAUUUGAUUCACGAGAUCUUCACCGUCGGACCCAACUUCAAGCAAGCAGCCAACUUCCUGUGGCCCUUCAAGCUGUCCAACCCCAACGGCGGCUUCCGCGCUCGCAAGUUCAAGCAUUACAUCGAAGGUGGUGAUCUUGGUAACCGCGAGGAGAACAUCAACGCUCUCAUCAAGCAGAUGAACUAG